ACGUAUCUCGUGAGCACGAGAAACUUUAGGUUAAGCACAGGCAGUUGUGCUCCCUGUGCGUAUGCCCCUAGGCUCUUUUUUUCUUUCAUGACGUAUAAUCCAUUAUUAUUAGUAUGUAUUUCGUAAUAAGUUUCACGUUAUUUCGUAAUAAGUUUCACGUAAUUACGUGAUAACUUUCACGUUACAGUGGUCCCUCUAUUUAUCGCGGUUCUACUUUCGCUUCCUCAGUGAUAAUAUUUUUUUUAUUUUUUAUUUUUGAUAAUAUUUUUUAUUUAAAUACAGUUAAGUAUUUCCUACAUCCCCAACACUGCCUCCCUCCCUGCCUCCCUCCCUCCUUCCAUCCCUCCCUCUGUUCGUUUGGCUGCUUCACCAGCGCUGCAGGUUGAUUCUUGCCCCUAUUUCCUGUCACAUGGGUCGGAAACAGGAUCCCUGCUUUCUACUAUCUGGUCGUGUCUUUGGAGUGUCAGUCUAGCAGUGGCAGUGGAGACCUGUUUUGAAGUUCAGUGGCUUUUUAUAACGUGGGCCCACAAGUCUCUGGUGCGCAGACCCGGACCGUCUCUGAGUCAGAGAGAGUCCGGCUCUUUACUCCGCCGGUCUGCGCAUCCGCACCGUCAGACUGCGCUUCACCUGAGGCUCACUCCACUCUCUAAUCACACCAUGGAUUCCUGGACAGUCGCCGCUUCUUUCCUUCUCAUUGGUUUUAUUUCUUCUGCAGCCCUGAGUUAUUUCGACACCGAGUGUUAUACAGCCAAUGGAGAGGACUACAGGGGGCUCCAGAACCAGACUAGUCUGUAUGGAGGGAAACCCUGUCUCUUCUGGAAUGAGACCUUCCAGCACCCGUACAAUACGCUCAAGUACCCCAGCGGAGAGGGCGGAUUAGGCAGCCACAACUAUUGCAGGUCUUCAACAGCAUGGACAGAUUGUACACCUGAUUGUACGACUUUGUAGUACAGACCUGUGUAGGUGUUGCCACUGUGCAAACAAACAUGAAAUCGAGGAGAAGGAGGAUGACAACUGCCCUGACACUGACAGUAAGGUCUAACA